CGCUCUGUGGGUUGGAGUGGUCUCGCGUUCUAAACGUGACGGCCGCAGCCUCAAUUUGAAAAAGUACGAGAGCACGUGGUGAGGCUCGCGCUUUAUAAAUCUCUCUCUCCGGCCGGUAGUUGGGAGAUGUUGUGUACUGGCAUUCGUCAGCGCAGAGGGACUGUGAAUUUCGCGUUGGGUUUUUUUUCCACAAGAGGGGAUGGAGACGCGCAUCCACGGUCUUCCGUUGCCAUAAAGGAAAAUAACCGUCUCGCCUGAUAACAGUUUUCGUCUCUUUCAUUUAGACCGUCAGUUUUUCAGCUCAGAGCCGUUGCGUUUAUUAGGUUUUAUAUCUCGUGGCACCUAACGUAUGCCACCACGGGUGAACCCCAGCAGUCGGUGCUGUGCGCGUCGGGCAAUGCACGUGUGAGAAGACCUCUCGAGGUUCAGAGUCAGAUAGUGGGACGUGAAAGGCGUGCUUGCGCCGUCUGCGGAACGCUCGCGGCGCUCUGAUGCGGUGGAGGUGUGCGCUAACCCGCAGGCUACACGUCUGUGCUGAACAACUGGAGAUCGCGUCGCUAGUUGGCUGUGAUUUGUUUUGCCCCUUUAGUUAAAGAACGUUUUCAAGACAUUAGAUGGCCACUUUGUUUAUUGCACUGUACUCAGAUUUAUAACUUUUGCCGAAGAUAAAUGUGCACUUCGAUUUGGUGCGUGGAAUGAAGAUAAUAUUUAUACUGCCAGCAAUUCUUUCUCUGCAUAACGGAUUUUUCAUCAUUUAACAACUUUCAAAGUUGUCACGCCGAAUGGAUUUACAGGUACAAAGUAAACAUAGGUAAUUCAUGAUAGGGAAUGUUUAAACGUGCUUAAGCCACAAACGAACUUUAACCUUGAUCGCGAAAAUUUGACUAUACAAAAUGCAUUUAUCGUGUUAUUUUUUCGAAAUCGGUGUGUUUCGCUUAAUUUAAUCCAGAUAUCUACCGCAGCAAUAUUCUUUGAAAACUGUUAAGACCAUUCUGGUAGCGAUAUAUCUACCACAAAAAUGAACUUCUUCAUUUUAAGUCUUUUUCUGACCUUGGAUUUAGUCACUGUGGCUCUCAGUUUAUCUACAUGUAGCACGCUGGACAUGGAUCAGUUUAUGAAGAAGCGAAUCGAGGCCAUUCGUGGUCAGAUUCUCAGUAAACUCAAACUGACAAAUCCACCAGAGGAAUACCCGGAGCCCGAAGAAGUGUCCCGGGACAUCAUCGCCAUCUAUAACAGUACACGGGACCUGUUGCAGGAAAAAGCCAACGAACGGGCGGCGACCUGCGAACGGCAGCGCAGCGAAGAGGAAUAUUAUGCAAAGGAGGUGCACAAAAUUGACAUGCAUCCCUUCUAUCCUGCCGAAAAUGUCAUCUCUGCAACCCACUACAACCCCUACUUCCGGCGGCUCAGGUUUGACGUGAGCUCGUUGGAGAAGAACGCCUCCAACCUGGUGAAGGCCGAACUGAGGAUCUUCAGACUGCAGAGUCCGAAGGCUCGUGUCUCUGAGCAGCGCAUCGAGCUCUACCAGAUCCUGGGCCAUAAGGAGCUCACGUCCCCCACACAACGCUACAUCGACAGCAAGGUUGUGCGCACGCGCACGGAAGGGGAAUGGCUGUCCUUCGAUGUAACUGAGGCGGUCAGCGAGUGGCUACUGCACAGAGACAGAAACAAUGGAUUCAAGAUCAGCCUGCACUGUCCCUGCUGCACAUUUGUGCCGUCAAAUAAUUACAUCAUUCCGAACAAGAGCGAGGAACUGGAGGCCCGCUUUGCAGGGAUUGACGACAGCUUCAUCCCCGGCGGAGAGGUGAAGAUCAAAAGGCGCCGUCACAGUGGUCAGGCCCCCCAUCUCCUGCUGAUGCUGCUCCCCUCCUACCGCCUAGAGUCACAGCACAAGAGCCACAGACAGAAGCGUGCCCUGGACGCUGCCUUCUGCUCCAGGAAUGUCCAGGACAACUGCUGCCUGCGUUCACUCUACAUCGACUUCAAGAAGGACCUGGGCUGGAGGUGGAUCCACGAGCCAAAGGGCUACAAUGCCAACUUCUGCGCAGGAGCGUGUCCCUAUCUGUGGAGCGCCGACACCCAGCACAGCAAGGUCCUUGGGUUGUAUAACACCAUCAAUCCUGAAGCAUCUGCCUCUCCGUGCUGUGUAUCUCAAGACCUGGAGCCUCUCACUAUCCUUUACUUCAUUGGCAAGACCCCCAAAAUUGAGCAGCUUUCCAACAUGAUUGUCAAGUCCUGCAAAUGCAGCUAGGAACUGGCUACAGCUGCAAACAAAUGCACGCACACACACACAUGCACAUACAUACACACACACACACGCACGCACAAAACACAUACAGCACACAUACAGCAUACAUAUUGUCAUUUAAGUACAAUCGCAAACUCUUCUUGCUCACAUAGGUAAUGAAUGUGCUGUGCAGGCAGGGUGUCAUAGAAUAGAAAUACAUGUUUCCUAAAUCUAGCAAAUACAUUCAGAGUGAGCAUACUCCAGCACAGAUGCAGAGUUGGUGCCUUUGCACUUGUGUAUGUGUGUGUGUGUGUGUGUGUGUGUGUGUGUGUGUGUGUGUGCGCGCGCGCACGCGUGUGUGUGUGUG